GAUUGGCUGACACCGGUUCACGUAGAGACAGCUUGCCAGUCAGCUGGAGGGUUUAAAGAGAAUAUCGGUUGUUUUUCUCACUCUGUGCUGCCUGUUUCCGGCGAGCUGGAGGCGGUUCUUUAUGUGUUUAGCCUGUUGAAAAUAUUUGGUGUAUAAUUUUUUGGAAAGCAGGAAUGUAACGUUCCUACCAGCCAGUAACCAGAGGUGACGCUGUCGUCGCUCCCUCCAUCAGCUCCUCACCCUGGCUCCGCUUGGCUUCCUGUCUGGAGGUUGUGUUGAGGCGGAGCUCGAUGCUCGGAGCGGGGCAGACCUAGCGGGGUGGAUCCAGGAGGAGAUGUCACAGCGGGGAUGCCUCUCCUUGGAGACGCUCCUGUAGUCUGUGGGAUACCGGAGCGCUCACCGCACGCAGGGGACCUCCAGAGCCGCAGCCUAACAAGCAGUGACCCAUUUAUGGAUGGUGGGGCCGCAGCAUGCCCACCCCCUCAACUACCGCUACGUCGCUGGCUGGAGGGAGCAGCAGCAGCGCCGGAGGAGAGGAGGAGCCCAUGCCCGCCGCUGCUGGCUCCUCUUCCCGGGUCGUCCCGGCUUUCUGCCUGGGUGUGGUGGCGGCAGUGGCGUUUCAGCUGGCCUGGGGAGGCCUGACUCUCACCUCCUUCCUGCUCAAGCUCUUCAUCUAUGUGUCCUUCGCCCUGCUGUGCUUCCUGGCCGGGAGCUUCGUUCUCCUGGUCAGAAAGAGCCCUCUGAAAGUCAGCUGCUUUGACCGAAACAGCAGAGAGUCAGCUGCUCGACUGGAGGUCCUCAACAGGCUGAUGGCCAAGUUUCUGGUGCCUGCGCAGGACUCGAGUCAGAGCAGAAGAGUGGUGGUGUCGCACAACGUAGAUAAAGCCCUGAAGGAAGUGUUCGACUAUGCCUACAGAGAUUACAUCCUGUCCUGGUACACCCCCCUGAGUCGUGAUGAAGGCCAGCUGUACUCCAUGCUGCUGGAGGACUGGUGGCAGAUGAUUGGCCAGUUAAGAUCCCGGCUCGCUGACAUCGAUGUAGUCAACGUAGUGUGCUAUGACAGCGUGCGCAUCCUUCAUACCCACUUCACCGACCUGAAGGCUGCAUCUGGAAGACCAGAGGAAGUUGCUCGUCCGUUUCCUCUCCACCCCUGCCUGGUCAGCCCCGACUCAGAGAUGGCCUUCCUCCGGUGUGUAGCGAGAAUCCUGCUGCUCUGUCUGCUGCCGCAGAAGGACGCCAAGUCGCACACGCUACGCUGCUGCCUCACCGAAGUUAUAACGACCAAAGUGUUGAAGCCUCUGGUGGAGGUGCUCAGUGAUCCAGACUCCAUUAACAGGAUGCUGCUGUCUCAGCUGGAGCAGAGGGAGCAGCAGGCGGAGCAGCAGAAAAAAGCCUACACCUACGCUGCCUCCUAUGAAGACUUCAUCAAACUGAUAUCAACUUCGUCUGAUGUCAAUUUCCUCAAGCAACUCAGGUAUCAGAUAGUGGUAGAAAUCAUCCACGCCACCACCAUCAGCAGCUUGCCUCAGCUCAAGAAGCAAAAGGAGCGCAAAGGUAAAGAGUCUGCAGCCAUGAAGGCCGACCUGCUGAGGGCCAGAGACAUGAAGCGCUACAUCAAUCAGCUGACUGUCGCCAAGAAACAGUGUGAGAAGCGCAUCCGCCUGCUCGGGGGGCCCAACUACGAGAACAGCGAGGAAGGAGGAGCCGACGAAGGCGACGAACCGCAGAGUCAGAGGAUCCUCCAGUUCGAUGAGAUUUUGUGUGACGCCGGCUACAGAGAGCAUUUUAGAGUUUACAUGGAGAGAGUGGAUAAGAGAGCUCUGAUAAGCUUCUGGGAACUGGUGGAAACGCUGAAAACUGCCAAUAAGAAUGAAGUUCCCCAAAUCGUGGGUGAAAUCUACCAGAAGUUCUUUGUGGAGAGCAAAGAGAUUCAGGUGGAAAAGUUUCUUCUGAAGGAGAUCCAGCAGAGUCUGGUGGGAAACAGGGGGACCGAGGUGUUCGUCAGGCUGCAGGAGCAGGUGGCCGAGACGAUGAGGGAGCGCUACUACCCCUCCUUCCUGGUGUCUGACCUCUAUGAAAGGCUGAUCAGACGAGAUGAGCCCCGCAGCCAAUCACAGUGCAGCCCAGAGGAGAAAGGCGAAGGGUGUCAGGGGCUGGAUGCAGGAGAGGUGUGUGAUGAAGGCACUAAAGGAAUCAAUGAGCAAGCCAGCUAUGCUGCUACCAAACUACGGCAGCUUUAUGACAAACUGGAAUACAAGCGCCAGGCCCUGGGCUCUAUCCAGAAUGCACCAAAGCCAGACAAGAAGAUAGUGAGCAAACUAAAGGAGGAGAUUGGAGCCAUGGAGAAGGAGCACAGUGAACUCCAGCAGCACAUCACCAGGACUGACUGGUGGUGUGAGAACCUGGGCCACUGGAGGGCGAACAUCACCGCUGCUGAGGCUGCAGAAGAAGGAGGAGAGACUGUAGCUUCUUACAGCGUCUGCGUUUGCCUGAUGGAAGGAGAGGAAAUGGCCCACAGCCGCUGGAGCGUCCAGAGGAAGCUCACUGAAUUCCAGAUGCUGCACCGCAAACUGACCGAGUGUUUUCCGUGUUUGAAGAAACUCCAGUUACCGUCACUUAGUAAACUUCCCUUCAAAUCCAUCGACCAGAAGUUCUUAGAGAAGAGUAAAACCCAGCUCAAUGCCUUCCUCCAGCGGCUGCUGACAGAUGAGCGACUGUGCCAGUCAGAGGCGCUCUACGCCUUCCUAAGCCCGUCUCCAGAGCACCUCAAAGUGAUGUCCAUUCAGAAGAAGUCCUCUUUCUCUUUGGCCUCCUUUCUGGAGAGGUUACCUGGAGACUUCUUCUCCCACACCGAGGAGGACGGCGACGAUGACAGCGACCUUUCAGACUACGGUGACGAAGCUGACGGGCGCAGAAACGCUCUGGCCGAACCCUGCUUCAUGCUGAUCGGGGAGAUCUUUGAACUGAGAGGAAUGUUUAAGUGGGUGAGAAAGACUCUAAUUGCACUAGUCCAGGUUACGUUCGGACGAACUAUCAACAAACAGAUCCGGGACACUGUGAACUGGAUCUUCUGCGAGCAGAUGCUGGUGUGUUACAUCACGGUGUUCAGGGACACCUUCUGGCCUGAUGGGAAGCUGGCGCCUCACGGGAAGGUCCGGACAGAUCCGGAACGGAGCGAAACCAAGGAGCGUGCUCAGCAGAAACUAUUGGACAACAUUCCAGAUGCACUGGCAAACCUGGUUGGCCAGCAGAACGCUCGCUUUGGAAUCAUCAAGAUCUUCAAUGCUCUGCAGGAGGCCAACGCCAACAAACAUCUGAUCUACGUGCUGAUGGAAAUGUUCUUGAAGGAGCUGUGUCCUGAACUGAGAGCAUCGGUAGAAAACAUGUGAGCACAACCAGCAGAGGAACAGGGGCUCCAUCUGCAGCCGACCAAUCACUGAUCAUCGCUGAUGGAGGACGCUGAUCCUACCUGGAACAGAUGGCCGAACAACUUUUAAUUUCUGAAAUCACCUCACACUAUCUUACGUUUGUUUAGUUGUUUUCUGUGGACACAGACAUUCCAAAUCAAAACUUAAGUGAAUGAGAAGGGAUCUGUUGUCGCGGUUUGAGUCUCUGAGGUUACAGUUUGGACAGCAGCAGAGAUUUGAAGCUGACCGGAUCGGACCGGAUCGCCGGCGGAGCCACAGACCUCCUAACAUUCCUACACAGCCUGAGCAACAACACCGUGUUCUGUGGUUCUUCUGGACACUUCUGAUUGUGCAAUAUAAUUUCACGUGACUGUCGUUGUGAUGAUUUUAUUUAUGAUUGUUAUUGAUAGAUUUUAUUUUUACCAAGAAAUUGUUUAGGAAGCGUUUAUAUGAGCAAUAAAUCACAAACAAAUGUU